AUGUCAUUGAAGGGAAAGACUCUUUUUAUUACUGGAGCGUCCAGGGGUAUCGGACUGGCCAUUGCUUUGAGAGCUGCCAAGGAUGGUGCCAACAUUGCCAUUGCUGCCAAAACUGCCGAUCCCAAUCCCAAGCUUCCAGGAACAAUUUACUCUGCUGCUGCAGAGAUUGAAAGAGCUGGCGGCAAGGCUCUACCAAUUGUAUGUGAUAUUCGAUUUGAAGACCAAAUCGAAUCAGCCAUUGCCAAGACUGUCGAGCAAAUUGAUAUUGUCAUCAACAAUGCAUCUGCUAUCAGUCUGACAAACACUACUGAUACUUCAGUCAAAAAAUUCGAUCUCAUGAAUCAGGUCAAUGGAAGAGGUACAUGGAUCACUUCUAAACUUGCUUUGCCAUAUUUAAGACAAUCAGCAAAAAAAGGACGCAAUCCGCACAUUCUUGUCCUUGCUCCUCCGCCAGAUCUACGACAAAUGUGGUUCGAAGCCAAUGUUGCUUACACCAUGGCCAAAUAUGCCAUGAGUUUGUGUGUUAUCGGACUUUCUGGAGAGCUUGAGCAAGAUGGCAUCGCUGUGAAUGCGCUUUGGCCCAUGACUUCUGUUGAAACAUCUGCCAUGGCAAACGUUAUAGAUCCAAGCAAACUGUCAAAGAGUCGAGCAACCGAUAUAGUGUCAGAUGCAGCAUACGUUGUUCUUAAUCAACCCAGCACAUUAUUCACUGGACACUUUGUUAUUGACGAGGUUAUACUAAGACACCAGGGCGUAACUGAUUUUUCAAAGUACAAGAUAGAUCCAAACUGUCUUGAAAAAGAUCUGACGCCAGACUUUUUUCUUCCUCCUCAGCCUUAUAAUAUGCCUCCUCCCCCACUUCAAGUGCUCAAGGCUAAAUUGUAA